AAAAUUAAAUAACGAUUAAGAAUUAAUUAACUCAUUUAUUAAAAUUUAAUUAUUUAAAAUAAAAACUAAAAACAGUACUAAACAUAAAACACGCAAUUAAUUAUUAAAAACUUGUAAACGUUUAUUACAAAAUUUUAAAAUUAACUUAACUGCUGCGAAACACGGCAGCGACUAACAUUUGGUGAACAAAAUAAGGAAACGGUAAAAGUACACAAUUAAAAAAAUAAAAAAAAAUAAAAAAACACAAAUAAAUAUUGCAAAGCAAAAAAACACUUAAAAUCUUAAAUAGUAAGCCCGCUUAUAUCUAUUUCGAAACACUUCGACUCGGCGUAUCGAUUCAUCGACUUAACGUUAAACGUCACAACCUCGCAACCAGCGUUUUCAUAGCACGCACAUCAGUGUAAGUUUAUUUCAUUCAAUUAAACAGCAACAACAACAAGAGCAGCAAAAAUGGGUGACGAACUGGAAGAGCGCACUUUUAAGGAGAAAAUGCUCUUCUACACCACUGCCUUCUUCAUUCUACUCGGCACAUUUAGCAUGUUCGCCUUUCUAUUUCUUGUGCCCUUCGUUAUAGAGCCCGCAUUCACAACGAUCUUCAUGCAGUUCGAAGAGGUGCCAGCUCUGUGCGAAACCUACGAUGUAGAAACAUAUUUCGGCGCGAAGAACUGUUCGUGGGCAUCGUGUCGUGAGGGUUGUACAAAGGAUAUUUACACUUGUACACAAAUACGUGUUAACUAUCGACUGAACUUGUACAACUACACAGACGAGUUCAAUUUCACCGAAUAUCACAUCAAUUUGGCAGAGGCGGAACGUGAAUUGCCGCCUGUGAAGCGUACGGAUCGCUAUGAGCGUGCCAUACGUGAUUAUGAUUAUGAUGCGGCUACGAGUGAUGCCGCUAAAGCGAAUCAAUUAGAUGUACCACAGGGCAUAUCCGCAUCUAUGGCCGGGUCUGCGUCAGCCGCGACGAGUGGUCUACAGUUGGAUACGAUCAGCUUUGGUAGUAGUGAUGGUGUUGCCAUUGGUGAUGGCAUAAGUGGCUAUCUCGUCGAUGAGGAGCCAAUCGAUGAGGAUUUGGGCAUGGGUGGUGGUGGUGGUAUGCUCAUUAAUGAGGAGCGUCACCCUUUCGAUGAGAUCUCCGAAUUGAAUGAGGGUCUUAUGGGUAAUAAUUCGAUGUAUUUUUAUGUUGGCGCGCGCCUCUUCCCGAACGUUAAGGGUUGCGGUUAUCCGCCUAUGCUCAAUUGCACAAUUUGGCUAAAGCGUUAUACGAAAGUUGGCAUUAAAUUUCCAUGCUACUAUUCGAAAGUGGAUCCAAGUUUAGUGAUAAGCGAUUUAGAUUACUGGCAGAACACAUUGAAUCUGAUCUAUUCGAUGGCCAUACCGAUACCAUCGUUUAUUAUAUCGGUGAUAUACCUGACAUAUGCGUACUUCAAAAUCUAUAAUGAGGAUGAAGAAACGGCGCCGCUCGAUAAAAAUGCCGAGGAUAUGGAUAUUGAUGAGGGUGAGGUGGACGAGAGUGAUGGAGCUGCAUUAGCUAAUAAUGUUGCCGGCAGUCAAAUUAUUAAUAUGGGCUCGACGACGGGUGAGAGUUGUGUGGAUGUUGGUCUGCCGAAUGGUGGGCCUGGCCUGACAACCUCAAUAUCACAGGGUGGUUCGGUCACAACACCCGGUCAGUAUUUGGCGCAAUCGCCGAUUGGUUCACAAAUGACACCAAAUUCUGAUAUAAAUUCAUUCGGUCAUCAGCUUAAAGUGCAAAUGGCGGACGAAUUGUCGCGUGACUCACUGGAAAAUGGUGUGCUGUCGACUUCAAACUCUGUGCAGGGAAACUUGAGCAAGACGAUGACGACGAGUAUCUCAACUCCUCCUGGGCCGACGGCAGCAGUUUAAAACGCAAAGUCCACGGCAUGGAUGAUGUACGCUUUCGUAUUGGACAAUGAAAUGUGUGCGCACCUAUUUACUACUUAGCUUUUAAAAGUUACAGCUCGUACGAUGCAAUACAAUUACGAUAUAAAAUUACACAUACAAAACCGCAAGAAAAAACAAGGCUAAUAAAUGAGUUAAGUACUUUUUGGUUGCAGCACAAAGACAAUGCAAUAAAUUGAAUACAAUUAAAAAAAAAUACAAUUAAGGAAUCACUACGAAGGAAAAAUAGCAACUACACACGCAUGUAUGUAUGUAUGUAGUUAUGUGCUGUUUUCUUCUAAGUAAUUGAAUAUAGUAUUGUAAUUGAAUUGUGGAAUGAUUAAGCGAAAACAAAUUAACUUGUUUUUUAAUCUGAAAUAAAUUAGUUUUCGUUACAAAAAACCAUAUAUUUCAUAAGACGUAUCCAUCUACUACAUACAUACAUACGAGCUAUUGCAAUAUAUACGAAGUAACUACAGUAAUACCCUCGUAUCAAUACUCAUAUGCUACAGACGAACAUUAUAAAGUGUCGCUGGUGCAUGCAUGCAAAUAUACACACAUAAAUACCUAUAAACUACAUAAAAACAUACAUUUCUACAUGCAACAGUAACAACUACACUUUGAAUUAAAUUCACUUUGAAAUAACCCAAAUCAUAAUCUCGGGACAGGAUGAAGACUAUCUCUAACAUUAAUCAUCAUACCGCGCUUAUACAUACAUACAUACCUAUGUACAUAGUACAUAAGUAUGUGCAUGUGGGCAGGUGUUAAGAGACCAAAAACUAGAAAAUUUCGAAAUGUAUUGUAAAAAUUUUAAUUGAAUAGUAAAUUAAAGUUUAAGCAAAUGUAGACUAAAUCUCAAAGUAAGUAAAUAACUGUAUUUACUUAGCUAGCCACUUUUACACAAAUAACGAAAUUGAAUUAAAAACAGAAUCCGAAGCGCAAUAAACCGGCAAAGCAGACAAGCGAGCUAAAAACAUAUGUACACAUGUAUAGGCGUAUGUAGGCAUUCCGACCUAAUACAUAUGCAAUGUAUGUUUUCCCAUAAAGAGGGCAGCUGUAGCGAUUUUGGUUGUGGGCCAAGGCUGGCCAGGUAAAGCGAACAUUUCAUGAAACGAGUUGUUGGUCUUGAUUGGCCUAUGUCGGAUCAUGGUUGUGGGGGAUUGAGAUAUGUGACUGAAGGCAAAAACUUUUUUUAUUGAAAAUUUAAGCGCAUAAUUAUUAAAUAGAGACCAAAUGCAAAUCAACUUUAUUGCUGGUGAAAAAAUUAUAACGAGCAAGUGACCAAACAUUAGGAAAAACGAUAGAAAAAAAUUCCAAAAUUUAAAACAAAUCCAGAGAUAUUUUGUUAGUUAACUCAAAGGACUUUAAAUACAUAUUUUUUUUAAAUAAAUAUUUAGCUCUAUCGCAUACGCGCUCUCGUUCUUUGCUUGCCUGUUAAUGCAUUCAUUUAUUGAAUUAAACCAAUAUAUAUGUAUAUAUUUUAUUUGAAUACGAAGAUACAUUCAACGCAUAGGGAAGACCUCUAGGUAUUAAUUCAAGUCAAACUAAUUUAUAUUUAAUUAUAAAUUACUUAUAUGUAAACAUAAGUAAAUGCGUACGCAAACUCACAGCUUUAAAGAAAUUGUAAACAAAGUUAAAAACAAAACAAAUAAAUAAGAAAAAACUUUAAUAAAAUUUUCUUCUACAAAAGUCUCACUCAUAUUUAUUAAAAUAGUAAUAAAAUUAAAAAACAAAACAAAAAAAUACAAGUUAAAUAUUUAACGCGAUAAAGAAACACAAGAACGCCGGUAGUUGCAAAAUAACGAAGAAAACAAAACAAAAAAUUAUUAUAAUAAAUACAAUUACUUUUGUUAGCUAUAAAUGAAAAUAAAACAUACUCCUAAAAAAUAUCUUAGAAAUAUUAUAAACUGCUAAAGCUUAGCAAAAAAGCAAAAAGCAUUAAGCCUCACAAACAUUUCCCUUAAACCAAUAGGUAUCUAAUUAGUACCAAAAAUAAUCGACACAACAGUGAACAGUAAGCGGUGAUUUCCUUUUCUACAAUUAUUAUACAUACAUACAUACAUAUAUAUGUUAUGCGCAUUUGCAUUUGCACAUCUAUAUUACAAAAAUAAGCUAAUUAAACUAAAAAAAAGGGACAAAACAUAUUAUAACAAAAAAUAAAAAAAACAAAAAAAAGCUAAUAAACGAAUAAAGCCUAAACUAAAUAAAUUAAAUUACUAGCGGCAUAAAAAUGCACAUUUUUAACUAUUAUAAUAUAAUAUUGUAAUGGUACUAGAAUUGAAACAAUAAAAAGAUAAAAAAUCAAACAAUAAUAAAACAACAAUAAUAAACGCA